AUGGCCUUUUCCACCGCCGGCCUUCGGAGGCGUGCAAACGGUUUGAAGGAGCGCCUGAGGCUCCAUGGUGACGACUCCCAGCACGAACAAACAGAUGCAUGGAGCAACCGCGAUCUGAUCCCUCUGCCUCCUCAGCGUCGCAUCUGGGGAUGGUUUCACUUCUUUGGGUACUGGACCCUGUCGUCCCUCAACAUUUCCAAUUGGCAGACUCCCAACACGUUUCUCGCCGAGGGCCUCUCCAUCCGCCAGGCCAUGGCCAUCAUCACCAUCGGCCGUGUCCUCAUCCUCCUCUUCUCCACCCUCAUUGCCUGGUGUGGCAUGGACUGGCACGUCGGCUUCACCAUUCAGAAUCGCUUCUCCUGGGGCCUCCGCGCCAGCUACAUUCCCCUGCUCCAGCGCAUCCUGCUCAACUUUAUUUGGAACGCGGUCCAAUGCUGGAAUGGCGGCCGGCUGGCGGCCGUCUGCAUCACCGCCAUCUGGCCCUCGUUUGCCAAGAUGCACAACUUUCUGCCCACCAGCAUCCCAGCCACGGCCUACCAGUUCGUCGGCUUCAUCGUCUUCUGGACCCUCUCCACCCCCUUUUUGGCCAUCCGCCCCGAAAAGUUCAAGCUCCCGUUCAUGAUCACGUCCAUCUACUGCGGCGUCGGCAUGCUCUGCAUGAUGAUCUGGGCCCUCGCCGAGGCUAACGGCGUCGGUCCGCUGUGGCACACCGGCGAGCAGAUCCCCUCCACUACCAGGUUCAGUGCCUCCUGGCUCAUCGUCGGCGGCCUCAAUCAGAUGAUUGGCGGCAUCGCUGCCGGCAUCACCAACGGCUCUGACUUCUCCCGCUACGCCCGCGGCUGGCAGCACUACGUCGCUGGCACCACCCUGUCCGCUCUCAUCGUCGGUGUCAUGGUCUCGCUCGUCGGCCUCGUCACCACCAGCGCUGCCCAGAAGAUCUACGGCAGCGUCUACUGGAACCCCCCUGACCUCCUCAUGGUCAUGAUGGACCAGGGCGAUGGCUCCAGCCGCUCCCGUGCCGGCGUCUUCUUCCUCGCUUUCGGCUUCAUGCUGACUGCCAUGUUUGAGAAUAUCUGCGGAAACUCCGUCGCCGGUGGCAUCGAUCUCGCCGGACUUUUCCCCCGCUAUAUCAACAUCCGCCGCGGUGCCAUCCUCACUUUUGUCGCCGCCUGGGUCGUCCAGCCGUGGCAGCUGGUCAAUAAGGCCGCCACCUUUGUCAGCGUCCUCAGCUCCUUCUCAGUCUUCCUCUGCCCUAUCAUGGGCAUCAUGACUACCGACUACUUCAUCCUGCGCCACCGCAAAAUCAAGCUCUCUCAUCUCUACCACCCCGAGACCUCUGAUUACUGGUACUGGCAUGGCGUCAACUGGCGUGCCAUUCCCGCCUGGCUUUGUGGCUGGGCCCCGACUGUUGGCGGCCUCGCCUACAAGGCCAGCGGCAGGACUGAUGGCGCCAAGGCCCUGUACCAGCUCUACUACAUGGCCUUCCUGAUCGGCUUCUUUACGAGUGCCAUCAUCUUCUAUGCUCUCAACAAGCUCUUCCCCGUUCUCGGAAUGGGCGAAUAUGACGAGAUGGACGUUUAUGACACUUUCACAGCUGCGGAGGCAGCGAAGCGCGGCAUUGUUCCGGCUGACAAUCAAUUACAAGGCACUACGCCGUAUGACGUGGCGAAAAGCGACAAGAAGGCGCCCUAUGUGAAGGAGUACUCUAUGUAA